AUGUCUCGGCCGCAGAUACCUGCGUUACUACUAUCUACACUCUGCUACGCACUCUGGCUGUCGUUCGCUCGAGUAGGCUCACACACCAUCGAGCCACCAUACUGGGCACUUCUCUGGGUCGUGUGGGCGUUAUUUGUUUGGUUGAACCCGCUGCCGAUCCUGUUCCGGCCAUCGCGUUACUGGCUGUUGAGAAACUUGUAUAGACAGCUUACGUCUGGUGUGCGACGUGUUGAAUUCCAAGAUUUCUGGAUGGGCGACCAGUUCUGCAGUCUGGUCUUUACGCUCGCGGAUCUAUGGUUCGCAGGCUGCGCAUAUAGCCACGGACUUAGGAAUUGGCGAGUGUGUACGGCCGGGAAUAACUGGGGUCCGAUGUUUGCGCUCGGCGCGUUGCCGCUCUUCGUUCGGUUCGUGCAGAGCAUCCGGCGAUGGGUUGACUCGAGGCAGUGGACCCACCUAGUCAACGCUGGGAAAUACGGAACAGGCGUCAUCUAUUAUAUGACCUACUACUUAUGGAGAGCGAACGGCGGAGGGUAUGGCCCGAGGUUCAUCCCCUGGUGUAUCAUGGGCAUGCUUUACGCUACAUAUGCUUGUGCAUGGGACUUUAUCAUGGAUUGGUCGUUCUUCCAACCUCAUGCGAAGUAUCCUCUGUUGCGGUCGGAGAUAUUGUAUACCUCCUGGCUACCAGUCUACUAUAUUGCAAUUAUCACGAACAUAAUCAUCCGCUUCGAAUUCGUUAUGUACAUCCCGCGGAGCGGUAUUAAUUACACGAUACGCACGUUCAUUGCCGCUAUGCUGGAGAUGCUUAGAAGAUGGCAGUGGAACUUCUUCCGGCUCGAGAACGAACACCUCGGCAACAUGGAUCAAUACCGCGUGACGCGGGAGGUCCCGUUGCCGUACUCGUUCGACGACACCAACCAUGAUUCGGAUGGAGGUGACGAGGAUGAGGAUGUAGAUAGACGGAGUCAGUCGAGCUCUUGGCGGCGCCGUAGGUAG